AGCUAGCAUGUAGCUUUUUGUCAGUGUCCAUGGAUCUGACUGAGACUUGUUGCAAUCAUUAGCGCUAUUAGCUCACAAAUACUGUCACCAGAUUGGACCUGUUUGUUGAAAUGGAUAUUCUAAGAGACGAUGAAGUGCAUGAGCUGAAAUACAAACCUGGGGGCCGCUUGGAUAUGAGCCACGGCUUCCUGCACCAUAUCCGGAGGAACCAGAUUGCUAGAGAUGACUAUGAUAAAGAGGUGAAGCAGGCCAAAGAGCUUCAGCGACGGAGGCACACAACAACCCCUAGACGACCUCGUCGACCUGAUAUCCAAGUGUACCAUCCUCGACGCAGACAUGGAUCAGAGCCAGGGGCAGGUGCUGAGGCUGAAGAGUGGAAUGAGAGCGGGUCAAGCACAGAGACGGAGACUCAUGGUACCGAACUCUUCUGGCUCGACUAUCAGGCAGACUCUGGAACCAUUACCUCCUUCCUUGUACACAAGGAGGAUAAGCCAGAGAAGGUGGUGGAACGCGUCGCAGAGAAGAACAUCCUGGAUUCAGCCAUGAGGGCAGCUCUGGAGGCUCGAAUUCGAAAAGAAAUGGACAAGAGACGGGACAAACGCUGAGUGAUAUUAUGAUGACAGACUACAAGCAAAGAGGAACAAUACUUCAUUUGCAGUUCUGCACUCCUACACAGCAUUAAUGCUGACGACAGUGUUGAAGGCACAGUGAAGACUCUGGGAUCAUGCACAGUGACUGCUGGCAGAGAUCCAGCUCGAUCAACCACAAUCAAUCCGUCUUCAGUUUUUAAAGGGGAAGGAACAGCACUUAAAGACAGUGUGGUUGGGAGUUAACUGUCAGGUUCAAGUUUACUUUAUUUUUCUCACCUCGGACUGUUACCUCAUACCCUCAUCCGUAACUGUAGGGACACUUUCAAGUUGACUGGACCUAUAAAAUCACGUUGCUUUCUAAGAGUUCAGAAAGGAGUAGGUACUCUUUGACAGAGAGAACUCAAACAACUGUCAAACAUGUCCUGUGUUUCUUGUGUUUACAAAGAUCUAGUUUUUAUAAACAAGAUUUAUAUUUUUUUGGUAAAAGGCUGUGAACAGAACAUCAGUCUAUCGGCAAACUUGUGUGUAGAAAUGUGAGAAUAUCAUUUUGUUUCUUGGAGAGUUUAUGGGAUGUAUCCAUGAUAAUGUGUUUGUACUGCAACUGCAUUUAAUUGUUUUCAGUAUUCUAAUUUAUUUUGGAUUGUUAAAAUACUUUUAUUUUUGAUACUGUAAUAUUUUUUGAGGACAACUCUUUAUGUAUAAAAUGACAUAUAUACAUAUAUAAAAGCCAUUUAUUACUGUC